AUGAAAUGAGAAUGGAUGUGAAUAGUCCUUUUUCUUUGGUGUUAGGAUUACCGGUGAUCAAACUGCAUUUCAAACAAAAAUUCGUUACAACUCAUAUUCAUAAAGGAGAUUAAUUAAGCUUUCACGUUCAUUCCUAGUCACCUCAUAUAAACAAAAUAAUAAAGAGGAAAUUAGUUGGUUUUCAUCAACAGUUUUUACAGUUUCUUGGCCUGAUCAUUGAUUGAAAUCACGAAGAAUAAUUUCAUAUUGGGUUCCAGUUGUUGCUGCUUGAAAAUAAAAGAAAAUGCCACGUACAAGGCCAGCUGGAAAAUUGAAGCAAAGUCGAGAUUCAUCAGCAGAUGUGUAUUCAAUAAAAAAAGAUUUCGAAAGACAAUGUAAAUUGUUACAACAAAAAUUUCAAGGAGAAUAUGAAAUGAAAAUGAGAAGUCUAGAAAGUGAUAUCACCUUUAGUUUAACAAAUGUACCAUUAGAUAUAAAAAAGCUUUCAUUUAGCGAGAUUUUAUCUCGCGAUUAUAAAGAAAAUAAUUAUAAGGAACCUGAUUCAUCGUUUGAAAAUGUGGAUAAAUCAUUUGUUUCUCCUCCACCUUCAAAUCUCAAAUUUAAAAAACAAGAUAAAAGAACAACAGUUACAUCUGAUGAUGGAUAUGUAACUGAAGGAGGAACAAGACAAUCACGAGCAACAACUACUAGUUCAAAAUUACGUUUGCGAAGUUCAUCGCGAUCUAGAAAAACGAAAUUAACUAAUUCGGUACAAAAGACUGCUACAAAACCAACAUCGAAUUACACUAAUCAAUCGAAAAUGAAUUCAAAUAAAUUCAAAACACCUGCCAAUUUAAAACCAUCAAUGAAUGAAUUCGAACCAGUAACGCCAAAAGUGAAACCAAAUACUCCAAUGAGUAUAUUGCGACGUCCUCGAGAAGGAGAAAUGGUUCUAAGUAUGCAAGGCAGUCCGCUAUUGGUAUCAGCUGUUAUUCAAGAACGUUCAGCAAAUGUUAAUGUUCCAUUAAACAAUGGUGAUGUUAUUUCACUUUUGCCAAGGGAUGGCUUGCGUCUUUCAAAUAUUCCUAAUCUUGAUGCAGAGACAGUGCGGCAAUUACAAACACUUAAGGGCCAUAUUGAAAAAGUUAUUAAUUCUAAAUAAUAUAAUUUUUUUUGUCCCAUUGAGAAAUUUUGUGUAGUCAUUUUUUUUACAUUUAUUUUUCUUUUACCACGUGUACAUUGAGGUUUAAAAACGAAAUUUAAGUAGUGGAUCUAAUAAAUAAGUUUUCUAUAUUUUA